GGCAUUUGUCAAGGAAAUGCGAGAAAAGAUCGGAAAGCCAACAACAACCGUAACUUUGCCAGCUCCGAUCCUCAUAGGUGGAAAACUCACGAGUGUUGCUGAUACCCGCACCAUUUCUACCAAUUUUAGUGGACACCGACAACGAAACAAUCGAUUGUCAGAAGGCGCUGCCUCUGCUCAGCUACCACUCCACCCUUAUUUGGAUGCCUACGCUCUGAUGGAUGCGGCAAAGACGAGUGGAAUACUUGGCGGCCAGGAGUCCCAGGAAGAAGAGGUGGAAGAACAGGAUUCCGAUUCAGACUUCCUGCAGGCAAUUCAGAAUAGCCUCCGGGAUGAACGAUCAGUAACUCGGUCUCCACAAUUGACACCGCCUCCCAGCAGCAGCAACGUUGUUGUUCUUUUGGAUUCUACGCCUCGUUUUGGUCGUGUUGCCCAGCCACCUCCAGCUGCAAACAGUGCUGAAAAAUUCAAGACUCGUGUCAAGCGCCGUGCAUUCCUACGGUCUCAGGAAACCGCCGAAGUUUUUGAUUCCGAGAAGGCUGGUUCCCCGGAACUCCAUGCCAAAAGUCCGUACUCUCUCAAAGUGUUCCAAGCAUUUUCUGGUUCUGGCAACGCAACUGUGACGGAAUACACUGAUAUGUACCAUGAAACGAAUCCCGAGGCUGACAGCCAGGAGGCUUACGAACAUGUGAGCAAUAUGAUGCGUACUCUGGAUGGAAAAAAGCAGAAGCGAUACCACUAG